UCGAAGGCGCCAUUUCCCUCUCUACAAAUUAAAGCUCUCAAACCAACUCCUCACCCAUCUCCUUUCUCUUUUGCUCGUGAGAAAAAAAAAACAAAACAAAAACAAAAGCAAACGUUCCAAAUUUCCCCCAAAUUCUCAAAGAAAAAACCCUAAUUUCAAGAAAACAAUGGCGAUCAGACCCUCAUCAACCCUUUUCUUCCUCCUCCUCCUCCCGAUCUUCUUGUCCCAGAUCCUCUCUUCGUCUCAGGAACCAGGGGGAACCACUCCCAGCUACGCGCGCUUCACCUUCGACGCCACCCUGUACCCGCCGGAGGACGACGACGACUACAUCAUAAUCGGGACCAUCGGCUGCCCUCUCGCUGCCACCCUCUCCGCCGCCGGCCACCACGUCCUCCUCCUCGAGCGCGGCGGGACCCCCGACGAGUUCCCCUCCCUCAGCUCCCAGGACGGAUUCCUCCAAACCCUGGUUGCCGCCAACAGCCUCGAUUCCCCCGCCCAGUCCUUCGUCUCCGACGACGGCGUCCCCAACGCUCGCGGCAGAGUCCUCGGCGGAUCGUCGGCGAUCAACGCCGGAUUCUACAGCCGGGCUCACAGGGAGUUCUUUAAUGCUUCCGGUGUCGAGUGGGACCCGAAGAUGGUGGAAGAGUCCUACGACUGGGUGGAGAAGGCGGUGGCGUUUAGGCCGGAGCUGAAGAGUUGGCAGUCCGCAGUGAGGGAUGGAUUGAUCGAGGCCAAUGUAACGCCGUAUAAUGGGUUUACAGAGAGGCACGUGGAGGGGACAAAGAUUGGGGCAUCUACUUUCGAUUCAAGCGGGAGGAGGCAUAGUGCUGCUGAUUUGCUGGCAUUGGCGAACGCGGAGAAUUUGAGGGUGGCGACUAGGGCUAGCGUGGAGAGGAUCUUGCUCAAUUCAAGUCUAUCUUCAGGUUGGUUUUCUUUUGGAUGUCUGUUGGAUAUCCUGUGGCUGCUGACUGCUACUAGGUCUGCUAGUAGUGGUAAAUAUGCAUGUAACCUGUUAGCCUCAACAGGUGACCGUCGUGGCCAUCACCACCACGCAAUGACUCGCCAAGGCGGUGAAGUCAUCCUCUCUGCUGGCGCCCUUGGAAGCCCACAGCUCCUCCUCCUCAGCGGGAUUGGUCCCCGCCCCCACCUCUCUUCAUGGGGCAUCCCCAUCGCAGUCCAGCACCCAAAUGUGGGCCAGUUCAUGUAUGACAACCCCCGCAACGGCAUCUCCAUUAUCCCCUCUGUCCCUCUCGAGCACUCGCUCAUCCAGGUAGUCGGCAUCACCCACAACGGCACCUUUCUUGAGGCCGCCUCCAAUGUCGUCUCCUUCCGUCCCCCUCGCUUCCCUUUCCUCCCUGCUGCCUCCUCUCCUAUCCACCUCACCGUUGCCACCAUCAUUGAGAAGGUCGCUGGCCCUACCUCUGUUGGCAGCCUCCGCCUAGCGACCCUCAACGUCCGUGACAACCCCCUUGUCCGUUUCAACUACUUCUCCACCAAGGAGGACUUGGACCGGUGCGUCGUGGGGAUGAGGAAGGUGGCGGAGGUGCUGGCGGCAAGGUCGAUGGAGGAGUUCAGGAUGACGAUGGGGUGGUGGUCCGGGGACGGGAGGAGGGAGUUUCGGUUUGUGGGUGCUGCGUUGCCAGCGAACAGGGAUGACGAUGCAGUGAUGGGAGAGUUCUGCAGGAGGACGGUGUCGACGAUAUGGCAUUAUCACUGUGGGUGCGUGGUAGGGAGGGUGGUGGACCGGGGGCUCAGGGUCAUCGACGGGUCGACAUUCUCAGUGUCACCGGGGACCAAUCCUCAGGCUACUCUCAUGAUGAUGGGCAGGUAUAUGGGAAGGAAAAUCAGUGAAGAUAGGCGCGAGAUGAGCAAUGUUGCUGACAAGAAGGGAAGGAAUCAAAGCACUUCUGGUAUACACAGACAAGAGUAUGCGUUAGCCAGAGACAGGCUAAGCAGAAAUAUAGACAUUGAGCUCUUCGUUAAUUUGUUGUUUGGACAAACACAAUAA